AUGACCGAACCUACGUUAAAUUUCCAGAUUAAAGCUCGCCAGACUCAGUUCCGGAUUCCUACGGAACUACGAAAGAAGAAUUUCAAGCAUGUCCAAAAGUUAAUCGAGAAACAGAAGCGACAGACUAUGGAGGAUAUUAAGAAAUUAGAAAAGAAUAGUCUGAUGCCUACAAGUAUGAAGCUUGAAAUGGUAAGAAAGUGUAUCAAAUCAUUUGAACAGUAUCAAGUCAAAUUAAAACAAGCCAUUAAGAAAGACGAGGAAUACUGUGAUCGUUUGAAUGCAAGAGUCGAUAACCUAGUUGAGGUUAGUAAUUACACUUUAGACGGACUGUCCCAUGGAGCAGAAAGUAACGAUGAUUCUCUGAAAUUGGAGGCCGUUGGAACUGAGGAUCAAAUUUUAGAUUUCAGAAACCCAAGCUUGAUCAGUUGGUUUAGAAAUGAAGCUGAUUUAUUAAUAGCAGACUAUUUGAUUAAGACAGCUAAAAAUCCAAAAGAAAAUAUUGGCUUGGCUUUCUUGAAUAGACUCAAGAGCACUACGUUCCCUCAAAUCGAUAAGCUUAUAGACUUUGACUUGUUCGAGCAGUUAAACAAGGUGUAUGUCUCAAUUGUGCGGGAUCAUGAUCUAACGUUAGUGGUUAAUUGGUUCAAUGACAAUAGAACUCUGUUGAAGAAGAUUAAUUCAAAUUUAGAAUUUGAAAUCAAUUAUUGCAAAUUUUUAUCCCUAGUUGAAUCAAAACAACUUCAUGAAGCAGUCAAGUUUUCAGAGGUUAAUUUAUCUCCAUAUGGAAUCAAAGCAAAUUAUCAGAUUUCAGAUUUACAAAAUUAUGAAAAUAAUUUAGCCAAAUUGAAAGAGAAUGGUGGACUUUUAUUAUUUUUGGCAGUGGAGCAAAACUCUAAUUCUAAAUUGAAAUACUCUCAUCUUUGUCUUAAUGAAAAUCAAAGAUUUCAAGAAUAUAGAAAAGUGUUUUCUAAGGAAAGAUGGGAAAGUUUGUCUCGUUGCUUCGUAGACAACUUCACCACGAUGUAUGGUAUUCCCAAAAAUUAUCCCUUGUUUAUCUAUUUAUCUGCUGGCCUAGCAAGUUUGAAAACAAAAUCGUGUUACCGUAAUCAUGCCAAUAGUAUAUUUAAUCAAAAUGUUGUUUCAGAUCAAGCAGUUACAGACAGAACUUAUUACCUGGCACGGGGACCGAACAACUACUAUAAGUUAUUGGAGAAAGUCAACGAAUGCCCAGUUUGUUCACCGGAAUUAUAUCAGUUGAGUAACAACUUGCCUUAUGCUCAAUUGAUAACCAGUGUCUUCAAUGAACCAUAUGUUUUACCAAACAACAACAUUUAUCCCUUUGAAAAAUUGUCGAAAUUGGCAGCUGCAGAAUCUUUACUUCAUACUGGACAAAUACGUGAUCCCUUAACUUUGGAACAGUUUUAUGUUGAGCAAUGUUUCAGAGUGUAUCCAGCUUAA